UAUAGGCAAUAUUGCGAUAUCAUUACGAUCAUCGAUGGACCUUGAGGAAGAGCGUGCUACAUGCAUAGCCAGAAACGAAGCUAAGUUAGCAGAGCUUGGUCUUUUGCAUUCACCUCCCCAGCCCAACAAAAUAACAAGCACUGGUGAUUGAAAUCCCGCCGACUUCGUAGAAGGAUCGACCAAGCAGUGCAGCCGGCGGUCGAUCUUGUCCGCCCUACAUUACAGCAAAGUAGGAGAGAGGUCACAGCCAUUACAGGAUCUGAUACCACUGAAGAGUCCGAGGAAUACUGUGAAUUGGAAACAGCACAUGAGCGCAUGGUAAAGCUGUGACCUUUUGCGCCGCCUAUUAUCCUGAUGAACUUGCUUGCUUUACUUGUCAAGCACGAAUCCCUCAUUCUUUGCUACCCAUUCCUUUCGCAUUAUCGAAGGAGGCUAUUCAGAACGUUCCUGAACCUAGUCCAGGUGACCUUCCUGGCCUUCAAGGCAUUCCAGUGGAAGUUCGGGAUAUGGCUGCAAAAAUAGGCUUUGAAAUCGGCUGUAGGCCGUUCCAGCUGUUCUACACAGCAUAUGACAAAUGGAAGUCGGAUUUCAAGCCGGCUUUUAACAGUCCAGGAUCAGCCAAGGCUACCAUGGACAUUCAGCACCCUCUACGAUAUGGGCUUCAGGGAGAGAGACCUUCUUGACCAGCAGCAGGUCAACAGGCAUCUCCUACUGUCCACCUCCAAGCCACUCUCCUUCACCGCUAUCCCACGCUUUUCUCCACAAUCACAAGCCACCUACACCAACCAUGGCAGAGAGGGGAGGAGAGGGCAAGGGAUGGCAGAGGAGGACAGGAAAGGGCAAGGGAGGGCGGAGGAGGACAGGGGAGAGCAAGAGUGGGCAGAGGAGGGCAGAGGAGGGCAAGGAGUGCAGGAGAGGGCAAUGGACGGCAGAGGAGUACAGGAGAGGGCACGGGAGGGAAAGGGUGGGCAGAGUAGGGCAAGGGAGGGAAGGGAAAACAAGGAAGGGCAGAGGAGGGCAGAGGAGAGCAAGGGACGGCAGGAGAGGGCAAGGGAAGCAAGGGACGGCUGA